UAUGUUAAACUUUAGCGUUUUAUUUAAAGCCUAAACAACACGUCUGUGUAAAAUAUAAACAGGAACGGAGCAGGAAGUGUCAUUAUCGAAUUCAGUAACGUUAUGUCAUUUAUAUGGUAGCUAUGCAGUUAUAUAUGCACAAAAACUUGUAUGCGUCAAGCUUGGUUGUUUCUGUGUAACAUUUAUAAUAAUAUUUUACCAUAAAAGAGGCCAUUCACCAGUGUAGGACACCCCACCACGUAUCACUUGACUUUAACGUUAAAUAUAUUUCCUGAGAGGACACUAGUGUUUUCCGUCGACCUUACAGGAUCGUGUUCAGGUGACGCAUAUGUCACAGUCAGCGCAGCCCGGCGCGAUGCCCUCAGCCCCGGACUCCCCGUCUCUGAGCGUGACCGUCAGCGGGAAUGUGCAGAAAUACGGCAUCAAGAAGAAAAAGAUCCUAAAUGCGGAGGAGACUGAGCUGUUCGAGCUCACUCAGGCUGCUGGGAUAGUGAUUGAUCAAGAGGUUUUCAAGAUCGUAUUGGACCUGUUAAAGAUGAACGUUGCUCCUCUGGCAGUCUUUCAGACCCUAAAGGCCAUGUGUGCGGGGCAGAAGGUCUCCGAAACAUCCACCGGUGAAACAUCCACAGCAUCCCACACCGCCACUGCACCUUCAGAGUCUAGAGAAGAGGAGAGUGUGGUCUCAGGAAAGAGCGCUAAAACUGCAGCCCCUCCCUCUGCAUCUGUGUCCCGCCCACCUAGGGGAGGGGCUAAGAUAGUGGUCUACAGUGCGGGUGACACGAGCGCUCCUGUUUCUCAAGUACGCAGUAAAACAAGUUCAGGGCAAGGGGAGAAAUCGGCAAGAGAUGGUUCUAGCCAGCGAGUGCCACGGCAGGUCAGCGCCACCAGGGGGCAGAAGAGCGCCAAGAGCUCAGGCAGCAGCAGCUCAUCUUCUCAGCUCACCUCCAACUGAAGUUCUUUAUGAAUUAAACACAUACCAAACUUGCUCAAAUUAAACUCCUUUGUUCUGUUGAUAAAGGUUCCUGUAGAAUUGAAAGAUACUUUUUCACUGUUAACAAAAAUGGUUUAAAAUAGUAAUUUUAGGGAUCUCCUCCGAGAUAUAUACGGUGUUUCACUGAAGACCUCUUUGUAUCAAAUUUGCAUCUCGCCUAGAGCGACUAUAGCUGAAGUAUGCCAUAUUUUCCACGGUUUAGUUUACACGUUCACACCAAAACCAUUUGAGAAAAACACAGAUAAUCUUUUGCUAUCUUUAAACCAUGCACUUUGGGCUGCUGUGAACCACAUCUGUUUUAAACUGUUUGUGUGUAAGACUCAAAAUUGUCUUGGUAAGCUUUGAUGUCUAGAUGGACAUUUCUUUUUAUUUCCUUUUUUUUUUUUUUUCCCAAGUGCAUUUCCAAUUUUGAGUAAAGAGUAUUCCUCUUUAAAAGCAAUUAUUGUAUUUUGCACUUUAAUUCUUUACAUGAUGAAGCACUGUUUGUAUAGUAUGCAUAAAUCAUGUAUAAAGCAAAAUAUGAGAGUG